GAUAUAUAUUGCCUUUUACUACCCACUCAACUUUAUAUCACCAACAUUAUUUUCGUACAUCUAGUCUCAAAAAUUUCAGCAUUUGUCUAGUAUUGUAAUAUUUACCCGAAGCGUAGAUUCAGGGGAACAAUUUCGGAGUGGGGGAGAGGAAAUCAAUACUGAAAUAAUAAGCAUGCCACCGGUGAGAAGGACACCACAGGACAAAUUGCGCGAUUAUAAUCAAAAGAAUGCGGCGAACUUAAGCCUAAUUUACAAAGGGGAACGCUGUCCAGAAGCGCAAAUUUGCGUCUUGUCGCGCGUCAUCUGGAUCCGAGGGGAGGGCGACUUUGCGGAUGCAGUCGUGGUUUCUGGUCCUAUUCUCGCCCCCGAGAGCCAACGUGAGAGGUUGGUAGUUACCGAGAACUCGACUAGUCGAUACAACUGGCAUACAUAUUUUCUUCGAUAUGUAAAUUAUAAAGAGACUCGAUCUCAUGUCACUGUGAGGCCAGUGGCAGAGGCGGAUCUGGUUGAGAGAGCCUACCCUAAUUCGAAUGUAGAUCGAACAAGCCCCACAAGCACUUCAUAAUUUGUAAAAUAAAUCCAUGCAGCCUAAUAACGGAACGAUGUAUUGUCA